UAAAAUAGAAAAAAAAAUGACGGCAGCAAAACCCCAAACCCUAUAGAUCUCCUCCGCCCUACCGAGAUGCUCCGGGUCAAAAAUCCUGCAAAAUUCACCUGAGCUAAAAUGUUUGCGAGGCGUCUCACUUCUGUCUUCAAACGAUCUUCGACUUCAACUAGCUCGUCGGAGAAGGCAGCAGGGAAAGAAAAUGGGACGUUGGGGUCUUUUGGUCGGAAGGCAGUGUCUUUUGUCUUGAUUACAGUCACUGGUGGUGUUGCUUUGAGUGCUCUCGACGACCUUUCUAUCUAUCGCGGUUGUAGCAGCAAGGCCAUGGAGAAGGUGAUGAGGAAUAAGGCUAUGAUCGAAGCUAUGGGAGAGCCAAUUGAGAAAGGGCCAUGGUACAAUGCCUCACUAGCUGUUUCUCAGCAAAGGCACUCUGUCUCUUGUUCCUUUCCUCUGGUUGGCCCACAAGGCACCGGAAUCUUGCAUCUCAAAGCUGUUCGCAAUGGAGAAGAUAGCUUGUUUGGGUUUCUCCAGCAAAGGGACUGGGACAUUCUGAUUAUGGACGCACUUGUCCACGUCCCUUCAAACGAUGGACCCCAACAAACCUUGAGAAUCGACAUCUCUGACUAUACUCCUCCUUCGGCUGCUACAGACUACAAACCUUCUUCCGAACCAGAAAAGCCAGAGAUUAGCUAAGAAGAGAAAGAAUACUACGUAAGCUUUUGUGGAUCACCUUGCUAGAGUUUUAUUCCUUUCCUUGAUGUUCUUCUGUGCGACAAGUAUACCAACAAGAUGUUUUGUGUACUGACAAAUAAAAACAUAAUUCUUUUUGGUACUAUACAAAAGUUGAAUACAUGACUGGUAAAACUAACCAGUACGUUUGGAUUUUGGAUGUUGAAUACAUUGGUUAUGCAAUCAAGCGUAUUUUUAUUGUGUUUGUUUA